CAGAGACGUACAACAACGAUGUAUAAAUAUUUAGAAGAGAUAACACGUGUUGCAACACAAUUGGCAAUUGCAAAUACAUUCCACCAUUAUUUUCCCGCCUGAGUUUGAAAAAGGCAUACAUUCUUCUCCUCAAUUUGGUCCUUAGGGUUUGCACAUUUCCAGAAAAAUGACUGCUUCUCCUACUCCAAUGGAGAUCUCUACACUAAACCCUAGUACAGAACUCCACAUUUCUGACCAAAACGGCGCCGCACAACUCCAACCUUCUCCUUCUCCAAUUCUUCACCACGACAAAUAUCUCGUUUCUGUUGAAGUAUGCCUAAAACCCUCCAGCACAGCUCGCGUUGAAGAUAUCCAAUCUGCCGUUGAAAGGAUGCUUGAAAAGAGGAGCUUAAGCUAUGUUGAUGGACCUAUUCCAGUACCUGUUGAUGAUCCUUAUCUUUCAGAUAACGUGCAAAGGAUCUGUAUUUGUGACUCUGAGGAAUGGGCAAAGAACCAUGAGAUUCUUUUGUUCUGGCAAGUAAAACCCAUUGUGCAUGUCUUUCAGCUUAGUGAGGAAGGGCCGUGUGAGGAAUUAAGCGGGGAUGGUGAACUAUCUAGCUUUAAUGAAUGGAUUCUUCCUGCAAAGGAAUUUGAUGGCAUGUGGGAAAGUCUAAUUUAUGAAUCUGGUCUCAAGCAAAGGCUAUUGCGUUAUGCAGCAAGUGCACUGCUCUUUACUGAGAAGAGGGUCGACCCGUUCCUUGUGUCAUGGAAUCGCAUUGUCCUUUUACAUGGACCUCCUGGGACUGGGAAAACAUCCUUAUGCAAAGCAUUGGCUCAAAAACUUUCAAUCCGAUUUAACUCCAGGUACCCUCAGUGCCAAUUAGUUGAAGUUAAUGCUCAUUCUUUAUUUAGCAAAUGGUUCUCUGAAAGUGGCAAGCUGGUUGCGAGACUUUUCCAGAAAAUUCAAGAAAUGGUGGAGGAAGAAAACAAUCUGGUAUUUGUUUUAAUUGAUGAAGUUGAAAGCCUCGCUGCUGCUAGGAAAGCUGCUUUAUCUGGUUCUGAACCUUCUGAUUCUAUUCGAGUUGUCAAUGCGCUACUGACCCAGAUGGACAAGUUGAAAUGCUCGCCAAAUGUAAUUAUACUGACUACAUCCAAUAUAACUGCUGCUAUUGAUAUUGCAUUUGUGGAUCGAGCUGAUAUCAAAGCAUAUGUCGGUCCUCCAACUCUUCAAGCUCGUUAUGAAAUUCUUCGGUCAUGCUUGCAGGAACUUAUACGAACUGGAAUCAUAUCAAAUUUCCAGGACCCUGACAACCUCGUGCUUCCGAAUUACCCUACCUUGAAAGAGAAAAUGAAUGGAUCUGCUGCGCAAGAGGCACAGACACCAGUAAAAUUGGGUAAACAAUUGCUUGAAGCUGCAGAAGCAUGUGAGGGGUUAAGUGGAAGAUCAUUAAGAAAACUUCCAUUUUUGGCACAUGCAGCUCUUUCAGACCCAUAUAGCUGUGAUCCUAGUAAGUUCUUGUCAACAAUGAUGGACGCAGCAAGGAGGGAGCGUUCUGAGCUACCUGACUGAAAUUUUUUCUAUAUGUAAAUUGUAAAAGAUCCGAUCAAUGCUAAUUAGAAAGAAGCCUAUGUCUUGGUGCCAGUUGUGUCCACAUCUUGAGAAUGAGGUGUGCUGCAAUGAUAGCCAUAAGAGUAGAUGAGUCCUAUGGAGGUGCCAGUCCCUGUAGUCACAUCUUCUUACCUGUCAAUCCCAUGGACACUGGUGCCAAUCCUUGUAGAAUGAUAUUGUAAUACAUGAAUAUACUCGAGCUUGUUUCUUCAAUCUUUUUAACAUUGUCAA